AUGAAGUUCCCCAUCGUCGCACUCACAUUGGCGUCUUUCGCUUGGGCCGGACCUGUUCCUGUCAUCGAAACGCGCCAGACGGCUGCCACUUCCAACGAGUUCACUAUUGGGGGCUGUCGAGAUGUGAUCUUUAUCUGGUCGCGUGGAAGCACCGAAGUUGGCAACAUGGGUACCAUCGUUGGCCCGCCAGUAUCCAACGGCCUCAAAGCCAAGUUCGGGGCGACGAAGGUCGCUACUGAAGGUGUCGACUACGCUGCGCUGCUUUCUACGAACUUCCUUCCGGGCGGCGCUGAUCCGGUGGGCAUUGCGCUGAUGUCGCAGCUUCUUACUCAGGCAGCCACUCAGUGCCCGAACUCAAAGAUCGUAGCCGGAGGCUAUAGUCAAGGCGCCGCCAUGACCCAUCGGGCAGUGGAGCAGCUCAGUGCCUCUGUUAUCUCCCGAAUCGCUGGCAUUGUCUUGUUUGGUGACACACAGUACUUGCAAUCGAAUGGUCGAAUUGCCAACUACCCUACUUCGAAGACCAAGAUCUACUGCGCGUUUGGAGAUCUUGUCUGCGCAGGCACCCUGACUAUCACGGCGGCUCACUUGUCGUAUGGCGCAGAUGCCGAUGAUGCCGCCGCAUUCCUAGUCGAUAGAAUCAAUGCUGCUUAA